UGCGCAGUGGGCUUGGGAGCACUGACAACAGAGCAUCAAAACGACGAAGUACGACUUCCAUGCACCUGAUGAUGUGAAAAUGUGAAUUUUUUUUAGCUCUAUUUUUUCACCAAUUUUUUUAAUGUAGAAUUUCACAGUACUUUUUGUUUAUAACUGUGUUCCGUUCGCUCUUUCAAAUUAUGAGCUAGCCGAGGAAAAUAUCGAUUUACGAUAUUUUGUUGACAUUCGACGAGCAACAUUUUGAAAGAGCUACUGUUCUUUGUUUUCUAUUUCGACUUUCGAAUACGAUCGAGCUUGCUUUACAUUCUCAUACGGAAUCGACUCGCUUUUAUAUCGGCCCUCUGGGCCAUUUGCAUCGCAAUUAUGUAAUUGCCUACAGUACUGCUCUGUACUGUACUGUACAUAGAUCCGAUCUACCAUGUGACUAAGGAAAAAUUAUAAUUCGAAUAUCUUUAUUCCUAGGAGAAUCCAAACUCUCACCAAAAUAGCUUGCUUUUACUGUCGAGCUUAAGCUGACUAUUGCACCAUUUGCAGCUGUUUUCAAGGACUGGAAGUUUUUGGGUCCUCUGUGAGUUAUUGACCUCUUUUUGAUCGGGAUGCCUGACCUCUAAAAAUCGAUUCGAGCUGUUAUCUUCUCUUCCAAGUGAUGAGAUAUCAGAUCCAACGAGGAUAUCUGAUAUAUUUUCCUUUUUAAGUUUUCAUUUCUUAACAAUUCUUAAGUUCAUUCCACUGGUUUUUGUGGAGACGUUGAAAUGUCUCCAGAAAUCGAACAUUGAUCUGUUUAGCUUGACGAAUGGUUGACCUUUGAUGAACACGUGAACAUCUGGAACGAAAUGUCUGGGAUCCCAAGUCCACCCCUAAGUGUCCCGUUCUGAAUUUUGAACAGCUAGAGAACAAAAAGGUCGGAACAGGGCAGCAUAUUCAGUCCCCCAUGGCUGAAUGCUACGACCGUUCCUGGCGUGUCGGUAGCAAAGCUAGGGGGACCAGGUCUCAGUUCAGGCUCAAUACAGGUCUUCUGCCAUUCAAAUGUACCUAUCCUGCUCAUCUUACGGAUGUAAUGGACGCUGUUCCGUCUACAACCUCGGACUUUCGUAGAGCAGAUUUUACAUCUCCUGUUCAGGGUACUCGUACUCGCACUGUUAGAGAAUAUGAACAGACAAUAGAAGAGCUAAAGAAAGAAAAUUUUGAUUUGAAGCUUAGAUUGUUUCUGUUAGAAGAUAAUAAGAAUAAGAAUUAUCUGAGGAAUAAAGGUUCUAAUAAUGAAGAACAAGACAACAGUGUUCAAGUUAUUGUUGAACUGAAGGUAGAAACUGAGACCUUACGAAAUGAACUUGCUUGUAAAUGUCAGCAACUGCAAGAAGCCUUAGAUGAAAAGGAAAAGUAUGAGUCUGAGUUAAAAGAACUGCAAAGUAAAUUCGAGGAGUUUCAAGAACAAUUAACAUCUCUUUCACCUCGUCCCUCUGAACAAGAAUUAAGGCUACUGAAAGAUGAAAAUGAAAUUUUACAAAAAUCAAAUAAAGAUUUGACCCUAAUCUUGGCUGAAAAGGAUCAAAAUAUUGAGCUUCUAAAUGCUCAAGUGGAUGAACUCUCAACUAAAAACAAAGCCCUAAAAACAAAAGUAGAAAAGAGUAGUCUAGCUAUUCAAGGUCUUGUGUCCAAAUAUUACAAAGAUACUGAAAUGAUACCCAAAGAUCUUCGCCCUGUUGUACAAUCUGCUGUUCAGGCUGCCAAGGAAAACAGAACAGAGGACUUAAAUGCUGCUGUUGAAAAUAUCAAAGCAUCCCUUUCUGAAUUAAUGAUUGCUAAUGGUGGAACAUCAAGGGAGGCAAGAAGCAAUUCUGUUCAUGGAAAAGAUUCUAUGGAAGAACUUCAAAAAUUAGCUGGUAUUAGUAAAUCCUCUGAAGAAUUGGCACAAGUUUCACAAAAAUCUCAUCAAAAAUCCAAGCAUGGCCAUGAUGGAAAAGAUGAACAGGUAAGCUCUGAAUCACUUCAGGAUUCUGCAAAAGACAAAAGUGAAAGCAGAGAAGAUUUAGAGCAAAUGUUAGAUGUUGUGAAAGAAAAUGAAAAUUUGAAAUUGGAUAAUGCUGAAAAAGCAAAGAUAAUUGAUGAGCUGAAUUCAGCUUGUUGGGAAAUGGAAAAGAAAUCUAUACAACUGCAAAGUGAGUUACUGGAUGCUGUGUCAAAAGUCAAGGACCUUGAUAUGAAACUUAAGGAGGAAAAGAGCAAACAUAUUGGCUCUUUACCAAUGAAACAUGCAUCUGUUCAAACUGCUGUUCAGUGGCAUUUAAUGCAAUCCAAGUUGUCUGAUAAGUUUGCACAGAAUGCUGGUCGUUCCAACAAUCUUGAAGACUUGAAGGAAGAAAUACUCACUUUGUUGCUAGUCAUUGAACAGAAGGAUAAAGAGAUAUCGGAUUGUGAAGAAAAACUUUCUUCUCUGCAACAGCAGUUAGAAAUUGAAAAUAAGAAGGAAAUUACUUUUGCCAAUUUGGAUAAGGAAUUUGUAAAAGAAAAGGAUGAGUUGCAUCAGCGUUUGGCCCACUCUUGUGCUGUUAAUAAUGAACUUAUGAAACAUCUCAGGAAUUUAGAAAUCUUUAUGGAAGAUUUGUUGCAGCAUAAAAAUUUGGAUGCAAGCAGUAUUGAAAACCUUAGUGAAUCUUCUAGCUUUUUGUCUCGCUUGAAAAUUCAAAGAGAAAUUGAACAAUCUUUGGAAUUGUCAACUAUGCUUAAUGAUGAAUUAUCUAUUUGUGAAAGUAGUAAAAUAUUUGAUCCAAAUGAUUUUACAACAAGUAAAGAUUACAGUCUUUCAGCCAGAUACAGUUACCAACCUACAGAUACAUCCAGAUUUGGUUUAGAUUUAUCCAACAUUCCUUCUAAUAUCCAAGGUAGGAAAAGCUCUCAAUUAUCUUUACAAGAAACUUCUCCAAAUGCUGUUGGAACAGGCAAGAGAAAAUUAUCAUUUUCAACCCUGCACAAAUCUUCUCUGGAUGCAACAUUAUGCGACAAGGAAAAUGUUGUGGUUUUAGGUACAAGCAACAAUGAAGAUUUGAUUUUGCUUCUAAAUGACAAAGGUGACCCUGAAGAUGUGCUCAUUAGAAAUAACCAUUCUCAUCUAGAGAGGAAUCAAUCUACUUUUGGUGAUGGAGAGCAUCGCAGGCGAUGUUGGGAAUCAGCAGCUAUGAAUUAUUUGCAGGCAGAAAAAUCAGUUUUGGAUCAUCAUACUGAACAAUGGUGCAGUAGUAAAGUGGAUGGUUCUAAAGUAGUUAGUGGAUGGUUCAAUCCUUACCCAUCUUCAGAUUCAGAUAUAUGGUCAGAGCCUGACAGAGAUGUUUCUCUACAAAGGAUUGGAAUAGAUUUGCAAAAGUCGCCAGUUUCUCAAAAGUCGCCUCGUAGAUCGAGGUUCAGAGAUAAACUUUCGACAGAUGAUAUCAGUUCCCAGAAAAAUGAAUCCAGUUCUAGUUUUUCAAAACUUCAUACAUGGUCAAAACGGAGGAAGAAUAGUGAUACAUCAAGAUCAUCAUUCAUCUGUAAAAAAUGCAUGGCCCAUUCUCAAACAUCAGAUGCACCAUCCAAGGAUGAGAAAAUGGAUUUACAAAAGGUUAUAGAUGAGCUUUCUAAUAAAUGCCACUCUCAAGAAAAUCACCUGGAAAAUGUCAUAAAUGAGUUGAACAGUAAAAAGAAUGCCAUUGAUGCUCUUACCAAAGAAAAACAGGAAUUGUUGAAUUGCAUUAACCGCCUUAAAGAGACACAAAAAUCAUUGGUUGAAAGUGAAGCAAGUGCUACUGAAAGAUUGGCCAGAGCUAAUUCAGAAUAUAAUAAACUGCAAAGUCUCCUGAAACAGUUUGAGACAAGAAUUACUCAUACUGAUGCCACAUGUAACCAAUUAAAAAGUGAAUUGGAAAAGAGUAAAACUCAGUUGAAGGUUUUGGAACAAAAGUGUUUAGAAUAUGUAGAGGAACUUGCAAUGCAUUCUAAUGCCAAAACUGCUUUUACAGAAAAACUUAAGUCAGUGGAAGAAGAAAAAGCACAUCUGAUGGAUGAUGUAGAUGCAUUACUCAUGGAGAAAGACGAAUUAUUGUCAGAAAUUGAAGUUGGAAAAGAAUACAGGCGACGAUUGGAAAAUGAAAAUCGCAGCUUAAGUAUUAAAUUAAAUGAAAGUUCAAAAGAAGCAUCUUUGUUAAGAGCAUCAAGUAAGAACCUUGAAGAUGCAAAAAAUAAACUUCUGAAAGAAAAAGAAUCAUGUGAAAACAGUCUAAUGUCAAGUAAUUCAUUGUGUGAAGAGCUGAAAAAUGAUUUGAUGAAAACCCAAGAACGUUUGAAAAAAAUGGAGCAAAAAUGUGCUAAAUAUGAAGAAGAAUUAAAUGAGUCUUUAAAGUCCAAGCAAAACAUUACUCAGUCUUUAUCAGGAAUUAAAUCUGUAAUGUCUUCUAAUUUUGAUGCUUUGACUUCCCUUUGCAAACAAUACUUGGAAAAUAAUGAGGCAAUUGAAACAAAUAAAGAUAUUUUAUCUAAUGCAGAUAAAGGAGAUCAGAUUGAAAUGAUGCUAAAAGAAAUUAUCUCGGUAAACACAAAAUUUCAACAAAUUGUAAAGUUCUUAUCUGAACAGCUAUCUUCUAUUCAUUCAGCAAUGGAGAAAAGCAAAGUGAUCGAAAAUGAAGAUAAGUCUAAGAUUAAUCACCUGCAGGGGCAACUUGACGAUAAAGAGAGAGAAAUUCAAUCACUGAAAAUGUUAAUGGUUGAACUUCAACAGAAAAUUGAAGAGAAUAAAUCUAUUAAUAGUGAAUAUCAGUCACAACUUGAAUUUGCACAAAAGAAGCUAGAAGAUAAUGAAAAGCUAAUAAAAACCUUGAGAGAAGAACAUAAAGUAAAAAUGCAAUCACUCUUUGAAGAAUUUCAACAGACUUUGAAAAAUAAAGAAAAGUUCUUAGAAGAGUUUAAUCAUAAAGCUUUUGCUUCUGAAAAGCAGCUUAGUUCUUUACAAGAUGAAAUACACAAGUAUCAGAAUUUAAUCAAUCUAAAAGAUGAUGACAUUACUAAAUUACAAGAGAGAGUUUUCAAUCUUCAAACGCAAAUUAAUAGUAUUUUGAGCAAAGCAACUUCUCCUGCUGGUCAGGGAAGCUCAAAAGACAAUACCAGAGAUUUUGUUUCCAAUUCUUUGAAGGCAAGUGCUAGUUUGUCAAAUGAAAAUGAGGCUAAUGAUGAAAUAAUGAGUACUAUUAGCAAUGAUGCAUCAUUUAAUUCCAUUGCAUCAGAAAAGGAAGAAGAAAUGGGGAGAAAAAUUGAUCGUUAUGCUAGAAAAAUAAAAGCUUUGCAGACAAAAUUAUUGAUGACAGAAAAGCGCAUAGAAAUACUAGAAAAAGAGAAGGCUGAAUUAAGAGAAGAAUUGCUGGCACAAGUACAUGGAGAAAAAGAAAAAUCAAAAACAUCAGAUGAAAUUGAGACGUUGGUGAGAGAAUUAAAUGAACUGAAAUCAACAUUGAAAACUAAAACCUCUUUUAUUAAGGAUCUCAAAAGUGAAUUAUUCAAAACUUGUAAUUCUCUAGUUGAUAAACAAAAGGAAGUUGAUGAAUUGCAACAAAAACUGUCUGCAAGUAGCAGAAAUACAGAAGCUGACUUAUUGAGUCCAGUUCAUAUUAAAUUAAGUCCAAGUUAUUCAGAUCCAAUUCAAAAGGCAACUGAAGCAAACAUAAAAGAGCUCAAAAAGCAUAAAUGGGAACUUAUUCAAGGCAUUUUAAGCCACCAGAAACAACUUUAUGAGAGAAAGAAUAUUCACCUUGGCCAUUUUGAAAAAUUUAAAAAGCACAUUGAAAAGUUGCGUUCCCUCCAGGUAUCCCCGUCACUGUUCAAAUCUGAAAGUGAACCUCUUUUAAAUAACUCAGUGGCUACUAAUAGCUUUUAUGCUGAGAAAUGUGAUAGAACUCUAAAAAAUUUGCAAAUUGAAUUGCAGCUUGAUGUCGAGUGCCUGCAAAACUUGAAGAUUUUCUUGAAGCGAUUUUUUAUGCCUCUUGUUCUUCAAAACUGUAUUUGUAAUAAUAACAAUUCCAAACCUGAUAAUGACUCUAAUCCUUCUGACAAGAAUACAGUAAAUGAGACAAAGGACUCUAGAAGAGAGCGUUUAAGAUUAGAUCUUUGGAAGUCAUCUAAUGUAGAAGUUGAACACCACCCAACUACCAUCUCCACUAGCGAUAGGUUGAUUGCCACUUCUAGUGUUGUUGCACAUAAGCUUGAUUUGGUUGAAAUGGCACUGAAAGAAAUAAAAUCUGCAUUGGAACAUUUUAAAGAAAUGGAAUCUCCCAUUGGAGAAACUCCUAAAAAGACAGCUGCAAAAUCAUUACUACUGAAAAUAUUGGAUGAACUUGUCAAUAUCGAUGAUAAUUUCACAGAAGUGUUCCAUUUAAAAACAGUUCUAAAAUCCCUUGGAUUAUUUGACAUUAGCAUCCCUCCAAGUCCUUGUAAACAAGAAAGUGAUAGAGAAUCUUUACUUAGUGAAGAAACCAUUGCAUUAAGUCGAAGUGGAAGUCUUAGUCCAAUGAGCUUUGAUGAAAAUUUCCCGUAUCGAUUAUUUACAAGCAGUAUUAAACAAAAACAAGAAUCUGAACAUUUUAGAAAAAGUGAAGGUAGACCGAAGCAAACUUUGGAUAUUUCUAACAGAUCACAAGCUGCUGGAGGCUCGCAGGAAUCUCUUUUCUUGCGGUCCCAUUUCUCAUCUCCAGAUCUGGGGAUUGAAUCUGAUCCAAAUCAUGAAAGCUCUGCUCCUGAACAAGCUGAGAAGGAAUUUAAGGAAGUUAGUGGCAGAAUGUCAAAAAGACAAGAAACUAUGUACAGCUUUACUGACAGUUCUUCAAAAAUAAAAGAUGAUUCAUUUGGAAUGGGUGAUACUUUACAUGCUAUUGGUUACCUUGAAGAGUAUGAGCUGUUGAAGAAAGAAGUUCAAGAGAGCUUGGUGGGCAUAAAAACGGUUCUUUCUAGAACAAGUGAUGGUUUGCACCAUCUAGCAAAAUUCACUUCGCCACAAAAGAAUUUAGAAUAUAGUACCUUCAAAGCCAUCAAAGAUUCAUGUGGAAACAUAGAAGUUUGCUUGCGAAAAGCUGUUAAACUAGUUGAUAAUUUCUGGAUUGCUCCAUGCCCUUCUGUGAAGGAACUGAAUAGGCUGAUUCAGCAGAACCAAGAGCUACAAGAUAAGCUGAAACUUCUCCAAGAAUCCAAAAGGAGACAAGAAAUAAAUUUCAAAGAAGUGAUGGAAAAGUUCAAACAAGCCGAACGACUCAGAGAAAAUAUGGAAAAGAAAAUUUCAAAAAAAUUGAUAAAAACGAAGAAAGUGAUCAGGCAAGCAGAAAUCAAGAUUCUAGAGAAAGAGAGUCAAGAUUUGCCUUCCAUCCCCAAAUACCCUUGUGAUGAUUCUGCAGGCCAAAAGUCAUAGCCACUGCCAUGAACAAAAUUCCAAAUACACAAUUUAUGCAAAUGUGAUUUAGAGCUUCAAGAAGUACUUUCAGAACUUUUGUCACUCAUCACAUUGUACAUUUUUAAAAAGUUCUGAAUGUUGCUUUUUGUGCUUCUUAUAUACAACCUGUUUCUAAUAUUUAAAAGAAAAAGUAUAACAAAUAUAAACCGUGCCAAAAAUAUGAAUGUAAUUCUAUACCAGUAUUUUCUUGCAAUUCCCAAUUUCUAUUAAUACUUUUAUAAUUUUGGCUUUUUUUAAAAAUGGGAAAACUACUUACAUUCAGAAUUUUCAUACAAUAAUUUGAUACAGCUUUUUUUAUUGCUAAGUCUCAGCUUUGCAUACAAUUAUGUUUUUUAUUUCAUACCUUGUUUCAUCGAGUUUUACCAGACAUGAAUGUAAAUAUGACCAUGUUCAUAUGUUCAUAUUCGAGUGUUGUAUAAAAUGGAUGAAAGGAUGUGUAAAUGGGGUAUAAGGAAUAAACUGAUUUUAUGAAAUAAA